AUGCUCGCAAACGCAUACAAUCCUCGCAUUCUGGUUAUUGACAUGGAUGGAAAUGAAAAUUUUCUUCCGGACGUAGCUAUUCCCGUAGCUUCAUCUGUAUCAUUUAUUUGCCGAGCCAAUGACGUUAAGAAAAGUGAUUUUGUAUGGAAAAAGGCCUUUUUCAGUUCUCAAGAUUACGUAACUGUGAAACAAUCAAGCAUAGCAGUAAUUGACAGCCGAGAUGGAGAAAGUAAAAUUACCCUGACCGAUGCGGAUUUUAACAGAUCUGGGAUUUACCAGUGUGAAACCGGAUUGCACAGUGCACGUGUUAAUCUUCAUAUUUAUGGAAUUGUCGAUUCUGGUGGAACUGAUAUCAAAUCUAGCUCACUUACCGAUGACUUGCAUAAUAUUCGCUUUACACAUAAUGUUCCCAACAUUCGUCGAUAUCCAACAGCGUUUUGUAAAUUCCAAGUUGGGAAAAAUGGUGUAAAUUAUGCUACUGUCCGAUGGUAUGGAAAGGGGUUGACUCAACAUCGGAAUAUGUUUGAAAUUACCGAAUCCAAAGAUUCGGAGACUGGAGUCAUCUACAGUAAUCUUACAAUGCUUGUCACAGCCAGCACAAUUCGUCAGGAAUUGUUCGGUUCGUAUCAGUGUUCCUUCAAUAUUCUACCCGGCUCAUCCGUAAAACAAUCUGUUUAUUUUCGAAACUAUUUUCGUAUUUUUAUUCCCAAUUCUGCAGUAUCACCAGUGCUAGUGGUUCGGCCUUCCGCUAAAACAGUCUACGAAGGUGAUUCCUAUAACCUAACAUGCGGGAUUAUCGCCUAUCCGGAAGCGAAAGCAGGCGAUAUUACUUGGCGACGCAACUCUCAACCCCUGUUGGUUGAAGAUCCAGACAGCGGUCGGGUAGCCGCUUCGCCCACGUACGAUCCAGAGGGUCGGGUUCAUCUCCUCUCCACAACGAGUCAUUAUGACACCCUCUCAUUUACAGCCCUCGCGGCCCCCGAUCGUGCUGUCUACAUUUGCUCUGUCCAAACCAGUCUCGGAAAUAGCUCAAAUGGCAUUUUUGUUCGCGUUAAAAGUGCAAAGGCUACAUUCUGGCCUCUCUUUGGAAUAGCCGUUGAAUUAAUAAUUCUAGCUGCCUUUAUCCUAGUCUACGAGCGAAAUCGCCGCAUCAAGAAAUCCAAACCACAAGCACCAACCAUGAAUGAUGGACAGGCAUCAGGUCCAAGGAAAUCAUCUCGAGAAUCGGGGUAA